AUGACGCAACCCGAAGACACCGUCGUCCAGGAAGGUCGCAAACUCCUGGAUCCCAGCGAGCUGGGCACGAAAAAUUACUGGGAGGCGGCCUACGAUCGCGAGAUCCAGAAUCACGAGGAUGACACUGAGGACGAGGGCAUCAUCUGGUUCGAUGAGAGCAAUGCCGAAGAUACCGUCCUUGACAAACUCGAUGAAUAUAGCGAUGCAUCUGGCCGCGCCCUGCUGGAUCGCCGCGACUCUAGAUUCCUAGACCUGGGCACUGGCAAUGGUCACAUGCUAUUCGAAUUGCGCGAGCGCGAGGAUGAUGAAGGCGGGCGAUGGUCAGGCGAUUUGGUCGGCGUGGAUUAUAGCCCUCGCAGCGUGGAGCUUGCUCGACAGAUUGAUGAACAACGGCGCGCCGCGCUCCAGCAAACCGACGGCGAUGUUUCAGCUGGCACGAGCGACUUGUCUGGCUACGCCAACCUCUCAUUACACGUUUGGGACCUGCUGUCAGAGACGCCCGGCGACUGGCUACAGGACGGCUUUGAUGUCGUCCUCGACAAGGGCACAUUCGACGCCAUUUCAUUGAUGACGCCCGAGACGGAUGGAUCCCCGCACCCUUGCGAUCGAUACCGUCAGACAGUGAUACCACUCAUCAAGCGCGGACGCUAUUUGGUCAUCACAUCCUGCAAUUGGACCAAGAAUGAAUUGUUGGAAUGGCUUGUCCCGCAGGAUGGCGAGUUGGUCUUGUUUGAUGAAGCGAGAUAUCCCACCUUUACGUUCGGAGGCAAGACCGGUCAGAGUGUGGUGACACUCGUCUUGCAGAGACGCCAGAUAGAAGCAUAA